GAGUGACGAAUGUGGAUGAGUAUGUGCAGCGCCUCAAGCUUCUUAAGGAACUCUGGCCAACGGAGCACCUCCACCUGCUGGGAUCGUGGGGUCGCACGCAGACGGAGGAGAAGUACCACUUCUUCGAGCAGGCGAUUUUCCAGGUCGUCCAACGAAGCGACGAAACCAGUGAAAGCUGUGUGGCCAGGCAUGACGCCUACUUUAAGGAACUGGUUGCCCGCAGCGUCACUCUGGAGGAGGUUCGAGCCUACAUUCUCCUUCGCCAUUCCCAAUUGGCAGCCGAAGAUAAGAAGAAGGUCGUCGUGGACUGCUAA